AUGGAUAACGAACAUAACAUAAAUAGCAGUAGCCAACGGUUGUUAGGAGAAAGUUCUACAACAAGAAGUUACAAUCGAUGGUUAAUGGUAUUGAUUGCUCUUCUUCUUGCUUCGACCAUCAUUUUUUCGGUCUUCUUCGCACUUGAAAAAAACAAAAAGAAAACGAAGGGCGAUGAUGAUCUAUGUUUAACACCUUAUUGUAUUAAAGCAGCGGAUUAUUUAUUGGAUUCCAUUGAUGAAACAGUUAAUCCUUGUGAAGAUUUUUAUCAUUUUGCUUGUGGAACGUGGCUAAAAACAGCUCGUAUUCCUGAAGAUACUGGUGUGCAAAAUAUCUUCAAUCUUUUAGAUACGCAAUUGGAUUUAAAUAUAAUCGAUCUUUUAUCUUCACAAUCAUCCAAUGGAACUAUUGAACCAAAAGCCAUUAUAAAUGCUCGUAAUUUAUACGAUUCAUGUAUAAAUGAGUCUGGUAUCGAAAUCGAUGGCGUUGAACCAGUUCUCUCUAUUAUCAAUAAGGAAUUUGGUGGAUGGCCUAUUUUGCAAGGACCUUCAUGGAAUGAUUCUACUUUUAAUUUAGUAGAUAUUCUACUCAAACUCCGUAAAUAUGAUGACGGAAUUAUAUUUAGUGUUGUUACAGCAACUAAUCAAGAAAAUUCAUCGAUUUAUGAUAUUGAACUUGGACAAGGUACGCUCGGUCUACAAGAAACAGAAUAUUACAAUAAUGAAACAGAUAUUACUGCAGCUUAUCGUCAAUUUAUGACUGAUUUAGCUAUGGCGUUAACAAAUGAAACAUCAACAAUUGCCAAUGAUGUUAGUGCAAUUUAUUCAUUGGAAAAGAAUAUUUCUCAAUAUCAUUGGACUGAAUCAGAACAACGUCUUCGAGACAAUGAAACGAUUCGAACACAUGUUGGCAAUAUUUCAGAGUCAUUCAUGACUAAUUUUAAUUUUACUGAUUACCUUCGUCAAUCUUAUCUUAUUGGCAAUAUAACUUUACUCGAUACAGAUAUCGUAUCAAUUAGUGAAGUUGCUUAUCUAGUGAAUAUUUCUUCCAUUCUUCAACAAGCUCCACCACGUGUUGUACAAAACUAUCUCAUUUGGCGUUUUAUGAUGAAUCGUGCAAGUAGUAUGCCGAGGCGAAUUCGAAGUACUCGUGAACAAUUCGACCGAGUAUUCAAAGGCACUAGUGCAGAACCAUCACGUACAACAACUUGUGCCAAUUAUGUUAAUGAUAAUAUGGGUUUUGCUGUGUCGAGACUUUAUGUUCAACAGUAUUUUAAUGAUAUUGCCCGUAAUCAAUCAAAAGAAAUUAUCAAAAAUAUUCGAAGUUCCAUGAUGGUGAUGCUUCAAAAAGCAACAUGGAUGGAUGAUAAAUCGAAAGCUAAAGCUGUUGAAAAAGCUAAGGUUAUCUAUGAAAAUAUUGGUUAUCCUGACUAUAUAGCUAGUGAUAAUACAACGCAGCUGGAAUUAAUGUAUGCGGAAUAUAUCUUUAAUACAUCGUAUAUUAGCAAUGUUCUUCAAAUGCAGCAGGUUAAAGCUCGAGAAGACUUCCGAACACUACAUGAAGUAGUCGAUCAUCAUGCAUGGGGUGAUCUUCCUCCAACUGUAGUUAAUGCCUUCUAUGAACCAUCAACAAAUGCUAUAUCUUUUCCAGCUGGUAUCCUACAAAUGCCAUAUUUUAAUAAGGAUGCGCCAAAAUAUCUGAACUAUGGUGGUAUUGGCAUGGUAAUUGGACACGAAAUCACACAUGGAUUUGAUGAUGAUGGUCGUCAAUAUGAUCAAGAUGGAAACCGAAUUCCUUGGUGGUCAAAUGAUACCAUAAGUCAAUUUAAUCAACGCAAGCAAUGCAUUAUUGAUCAAUACAGUAAUUACACAGUGGCUCAAAUUCAUAAGAAUAUAAACGGUGAGCAAACACAAGGUGAAAAUAUUGCUGAUAACGGUGGAAUCAAGAGUUCAUUCUUUGCUUACCAAAACUGGGCUAAAGAAAAUCCAAAUGUUGAUAAAAGAUUACCAGGUCUAAAUAAAUAUUCUGAAGAGCAAAUGUUCUUUAUUGGAUAUGCACAUGGAUGGUGCGCAAAAUUCACUGAUGCCUAUGCUUAUAAUAGAGUUUUAACAGACGUUCAUUCUAUUCCAGAAUUUAGAGUUCUUGGCCCAUUGUCGAAUUUUGCUGAAUUCGAUCGGGUAUUUAGCUGCACACCUGGCCAAGGAAAUAGUCGAGUGAACAAAUGUGCUGUUUGGUAG